GGCGAUCGCCAUCGUAGGACAUCGGGCCACGGCAGAUCAUACAAGCGAGCGCCGGAACCACACCCCGCACUCCUUGUCUGAGACAUUUAAGCCGCCUGUCUUCCAGCACAUCGUAUCAUCACCUGCACUUUCUCGCAUCCGCACCAUUCGCCAUGACUUGGGUUCUUGGCUGGCCUCUCUACAAAGAAGAUGCGCUCGAAAUUGCGAAGAAGCACAACCUUGCUCCUAAAUUGUCAGAUGCUCGACGUAUUCAAGCAGCCGUAAUGUGGAUCGCAGACCAGGUCGGCAUCAUGCGCGCGUUCGCCUGCUGGGUACACGACAGGCCCGAGUCCGUCAUUGUUGCGUAUGUCGACUAUGGUGACAACCGUUACCCACCAACAAAACUCGCUCGCUCGGAACUGCUCACGCAGAAGCAGUUCCGCUGUCUGAAGCAAGCCAUGCCACUCAAGAAUUUUGGGUGGUAUCAGCAUAAUGAUCCUUCCUCGACUCUUUACGAGAUCACCACCUACGAAUACGACGAGGAGGAGGAGGAGGAGGAGGAUAGUGAGGAAGACAGUGACACUAGUGAUGACGAGAGCAGCGAUGAAGAUUCUGGUGAUGAACAAUCCAUGGACGCCGCCAACGACUCGGAUGGCGGAGAUGCCACUGAAAGCGACAACGAGACAGUCACUGAUGGCAGUGUGUCUUUUGCGGGCGCUCCAAUCACGGACGCUGCUGAGUCGCUGCCGCGCGACUUUGAUGAAGCUUGCCGUAUUGUUGAAGCGCACCCAUAAACCAUCCUCUCAAGCUCUGUUCCUUUCAUCCUAUCGUGUGCGCUGUCGUGUUGUCGGAUUAUUCUAUCCCAUAUCCGCUAUAUUGUAGUCAUCGAGCUGUUGGAAGUCUCACUUACGUCAACGCUAGGAUCGUGUCAUGACGCGGAACUCCUGCCUCACUGUGGAAUUCUUUUAACGGAGACUGUCCUUUUGUACGGACUGGAGCCGCUGUAAGGAAUCACUUGUCAUGAAUCCUCUGUACUUCGGGUACGAACCACACCGUACACGAGGUUGUAGUCACUCGCGACACGUAUCAUGUCCCUCCCAAUGUCAAGAUUCCCGUUCAUUUGCUAAGGGGUACGUACGGACGUCUAAUUCUUCGAAAGAGCACAACAGCGG